AUGGCUCCCAUUCUACUCCAAGUGUUCAAUCAGACUAUCCCUAGCCUAUCUCAGUUGCCGAGCUUCACUCAGUCGCUUAACGCCGUCGCUUCCACAGUUCCCGGGGAGCUCGUCAAGGCUAUCACAAGUGGCGAGGCCUGCAACGGAUCAGUGGCGACAGGCUUUGCUUCCGUGGUGGUACGUGGCGGAACUCAAGCCGUACAUGCGAUCGGUGGGAAAGGAAUCAUUGUCAUCGGCGCCCUGUUCCCCGUCGGCUGUCUAACGGCAUUCUUCGCCCGUAAACGUCGACGAGACACGUAUGCAGCUGCGCCGAUUCCCUUGAAUGGAUAUUCCCAGCCCGUCUAUGCCUCGUCUUACUAUCCUGGAUCGCCGCCUCCACCUUUCGUCGCCCCUCUUUCUCCUUUGCCAGUCCACAAGCAAACACUCUAUGGGCCUCCAGCAGUAGUCGACCCCAUGACGGGAUACUACACCCAUCGGCAUGCUGGUCCGCCGCCCAAACAUGUCCGCUUCGGGGACACGAGCAUGCGUUACUAUCGAUGA